AUGAAAGGCGUGCAACACCUGCAGCACGUGGUGGUGCUGAGCCCGCCCCCGCGCGCCGCCCCGCUGUCCGCGCCGCCCCCCGCGCCGCCGCCGCGCUCCCCCCGCCUCGUGCACGCCGCGCAGAGGCGCUCCUGCCCCCACCACGCCGCCGCCGGAGACCAGCUGCAGACCAAGCUGCGGCGCCUGCUCAACGCCGACUCCAAGGAGAACCUCUUCAGCGCCGACCGCCAGCGCCGCUACCGCCGCCUCUGGGACGACGACGAUGACGCGGUGGGGGUCGAGGGGCGGCGCGGGAACGUGCCGCGCGGGCAGCCAGAGCACGGCAAGGGCGGGGGCGGCUGCAGCGUGCACCACAAGUCGCUCCCGGACCUGCACGCCAGUCCCGCCACCAGCACGCCUUCCUCCCCGGACACCAGCCUGGGGUCCAGCGAGUCGUGGUCCGCCAGCGAGAGGCGGCGGAGACGAUCGGCCAGCUCGACCCCGCGCGACGCCAUGAGCACCGUGUCGUCCGGGGGCCGGACGCACAAGAGCCAACCAGAGUGCAGCAGGCACCGGGCAGGGAGCGCGGGGCAGAGCAGCGAGGUGUUCGCGCUACGGCCGGAGCGCAGCGACAGUGGCAACACUUCCCGGUCUCACACCACCACCAGCAGCCAGCUGGCCAGCAGCAGCUCCGAGAGGCGGGAGGGGCGCGCGGGGCAGGACUGCCGCCGGGAUGCGGGCAGUCCCAGCAGCUACAGCGACAGCGGGGCGGAGGAGGUGCACUCGCCGACCCUCGUCAGGUCCGGGGAGGGCAGGCGCCCCAUCCUGCGCUCCAAGUCGGACAUCAGCCACCGGUACUCGCGGGGCCCCCCACCGGUCCCCGCCCGCCCCCAGCCCCGCUCCGUGGCCCAGCUGGAGCUGUUCUUCGAGCACCUGGGCCUCGACAACCACGACUACAGGUGCCUCUCGUCGCAGGCGACGGGCUCCUCCUCCCCGGUGUACUUCUCCAGCGUGAGCUCCGUGGACUCGGUGACGGCCUGGGGGCCCUGGGCGGGCUGCGGCCCGGGGCUGGAGAGCGGGGGGUCCCUCCGCGGGGGCGUCGCCCCGGGCCCCAACCAGCACCGGCCGUGCGAGCAGCCCUCCAUCGUGGAGCGCAACGCCCGCAUCAUCAAGUGGCUGUGCAACUGCCGCAAGGCCCAGGCCGCCGCGGCCCCGCGCAAGCCCAGCUGAUCUGCCCGCGCCUCAGGAGCCUUGUUCUCGACACGCCGAGCUAAUACUCAGUCGCCGUCACAGGUGCAGCCCUUUAACAAGGUCGUUGUUGGAUACAUUUUUUUGCAAAGUUGUCAUUUUAUAACUAUAUUAUCUGUCGUGCAAAAGAACUAUUUGUACAUAGUAAUGACAAUAUUAGUUUGGUUUGCAAAAUAGCCACGUAUUAACUAGUUACCUUUUAUAAUAGAGAAUUUGCUGGGAAAAUGUAUUUUAUAUUAGGAGGAAAUUUUUUCCUCGUGAAAGAUAUUGAUGUUAGGAAAAUUGUUGCGUUUCAUAUAAAUUGGUACAAAGUUAAAACCAUCACACAUGUAGUGGUAAAAAUUUUAUGCAAAACUUGAUCUUUGAUGUGACGUAAGAAAAUUAUUUAUGGUAUUAAAAGUGCAAUAUUGAAUAAAAUUUUAAUAUGAAUGGUUUUGUUAAAGCAAUAAAUAUUGAUGUAAGUUAUAUUGUUAUGUUUUGGAAAACUUUUUUCUGCGUUAAGUGUAUCAAGCACAAAUUUGUGAAUUAUUGAAUAGGCCUGUUGUUUUUUGUGCACAGUUUUUGGGGAAUGGCAUAAAAACUCUGGAUGAAAAAUUUUUGGGGGAUUUAAAAUUGUUUUUUGCACACUGUACCAUGAGUUCCUUGUAUGUUAGUUUUUUUAAUAGUUUUAUAAAUGUGAUUGUAUGUUGGGAAAUUUAGGUAUGUUGUUUAGUCUUCAGAAGUACGAGCAUCUUGCAUAGAAACUAUGUAGUGGUUGGCCGUGUUGGCGGGAAGAUACAGUGUACCCAUUGGAAUGUUGGAUGAAGGUACAUAUGGGUGAAAAUAGGGCACUACUUGUCACAGUUAUUUACAUACUUUUUGCCAAUCAUCAUUCCAAAGUAGUGUAGGCCUAUCUUUUUAUGCUGUAGUUCGUAUUCUGCCAUUGGGGUGGAGAAUCGCUAGAAUGUUUUGUCAAACCCAGAUUAUUUUGUGUAUGUAUGUAGUUGCCAAAAGCACCGAAGAAACAUUCUUUUUUUUUUAGUAACUUCACAGUACAUCCGUAGUUGGUGCUCCUGCUGAUUGAAAAAUGAGCAUUGUGCGUGGACUUAGGCAAGGAUUUUUGUGUGUACGUCAGCUGUGUAAGUAGUAUAAAAAUACUGGACAAUAACUUAUGGUUUCAUUGUCAUCUCAGACCAAUUUGGAUGUUAUUAGUGAUUAGUUUUGUACAGUAAAAUAAACACCAGAUUGUGAUUGUUGUACAGUUUGCUGGUGCUAGUUAAACAGAUGUUUGUGUGUGAUGUUGAAAUCCACUGGUACGCGUGCAGAGGCAACUCGUGGGUCCGGAACGCAGGGCGGACAUUUAAAAACGUCAACUGGCCGACGUCGGCGUAUUUCUUCCAGUUUGUGGUUCAGCUGCUGGGCCAGCUGCCUAAUUUUUUACCCUGUACUACUAUUUUUCCUUUUACUUACUCGUUCACGCUCUUUGCUUCUGCUUCUCAGAGCAGGAUGACCUACCAGUGAGGGCAAAGCAAAAUAAACCCUUCAAUGAUAUCCUUAUAAUAAAACAGAGAUCCUUUUACAAUUAUGUUAUUUAGUUAUGUAAUUAUUUCAUCUUAAAAGUAUGUAAAUUACACUUUGGAAUGUAAUUAUGAUCAUAACUAAGGGAACGUGACACUGGUUUUACAUAACAAUUACUCAACACAUGUACACACGUGCAGGCAGCAGGUUUAAGCAGUUUGGGGGCGGGAUGGAAGGGUGACUGUUUGCAGGUCACAUCGGGCUUAUAGAGGGGCAUAGCCCCUGGUUGACAUCAGCAUAUAAGAAAUAUGUAUGUACUGAUACAAAUUCUGUCUCAAAAGUUAUUAAUGUGUCACUUGGUCUCCCACUGUUUCUGCAGCAAAUUUAGUGUGAAUUUUAAUUCAAACACAUGGAAUGAGUUUCUAGAAUGUUUUAGACGUACUUAGAAUUGUUGUGUGCAUAAUAAUAAGUGAUUUGUGUCUUUGUUACCAAAAUAACGUUUGGCUGAGUAAGUUCCCCUAUGUUCAUUUGGUCAUCGUUCAUUCUCGACCUUUAUAGCCAAAUCAAGCCUGCGACUGCAUGUCAACCUAGUAUUUUCUGCCAUUUGGUCAUUUGUUUUGCGUUCUUUACCACGUGAUUAUAUCUAAACCAUUUGAAAUUUUAUUUAAAAGUCAAUUGAUUUAGCUCACAGUUCUGUAAUUCUUUAUUAAAAUGUAUUUAUUGUAUUAAAAUUUUUGAGUUGUAAUUGACAUUCCAAAAGUGCAUAUCAUUAAAAUGUUUUAUUUUAAAAAAUUUAAGUAAAUUAUGCUCAGUUGAUAAGUGCAUAGUCUAACUCAAUGAUAAUGAUUCAGCAGUAGCCACAGAAGACAAAAUACUAUGGAAUUGAUUAUUACCUACUUUCCCUGGUUGUACACUUACCUUUAUUUUGGUAUAUUUUUUCAAUGGCCAUUGUAAUAAAAGGGGGGUUCCACAGUGCUGAAUAAAAUAUGUCAUUUUUAUUCACAAAAACCAAUUGCAUAACCAUUUUACUAGUGUAGUCUACCAAGUAGAAUGUCACCUCAGGUGAACUAUUACGCUAGAACUGAUAUGUCACUACAUAGACAUAUUGACAUAGGCACAAGUUUGGCGGGACUGUUGCAAGAUUAUAGUGUGCUUACAAGUUAUGUACAAGAGGAUAGCUUUGAGCAAGUGGAAAGAUACAUAGUAUAUAUAUGCCUCUCGUUCCGACCACGAGAUGUCUAUGUACGAAUGUACGAGAAUGGAUGGUUUCAGGAAAAUAUAAUUAGUGACAUGCAUAUUACCAAUUACUCAAUAUCACUUCAAGACACCGUCAAAUACUUGUAUUGUAAUAGUAUCCAUAGGUCAAUUAUGAUAGGCUAUUAAGUCGUGAAUUGUGGUUUUUUUUCCCCCUCAGCCUCAAGACAUGCUGAUAAACAUAUGUACAUUUUUUUAUGUAAGGUAUACCUAGGGUAAUUUCAAACAAUUCCUUAUUUGUUUCCAUGAUUGAAGUUACUUGUUAUUCAAAAAUAUUUAAAAAUAAAUUUUUAAACUAAAUAAUUUUCUUUACCUUGGAGUGGAGUUCUGUGAUGGCUAAAAGUUUUUUUGGAAAAUUGACUGCACAAUGGAAGCUACUUUGCUGCCCAAAUUUAUUGUACUUUGAUCGAAAAACACAAUCAGUGCUAUAGAGAACUCUGCAUCAAAGUUCUUCAAAGAAUGAGCUUAUGCUAUCUGUGUCUUCAGUGACGAAACUGUCACCUUUGUUGAUUCCAAGAUUCGCAAGUUAUAUGUGUACAAUAUUUUCACAAAAUAUUGUCCUGUUCCGGGAAUUUGUAAAAUAUUUUUCACCUAAAGAGUAUAAUUUUUUUUUUAUCUAGUCUAUAAUUCUCAGUUGUAUAAAUAUGUUAUAAAUAAGGAAGAAUAUUUCUUCAUCUAAACGUUGGCAGUUAUAGUUAUAUGAGGUUGUAAAUGUUAAUGGUAUGUAACAGUGAAUAAUAACAUCACAGUGCCGUCUUA